AGAGUAGCUGUCCAUAUCCGGUGAGCACGGGGCCGCAUGGUGACUUGGGUUUAGAGGCUGCGCUGAGGACUCGCAUUGUAACUCACUAAAAUGGCUAAAAGCUUAAGAAGCAAAUGGAAGCGAAAAAUGCGUGCAGAAAAGCGCAAGAAGAAUGCGCCUAAAGAACUUGCUCGAUUAAAAAAUGUCGUAGCCAAAGGAAAGGCAGAUGUUUUGAUGGAAGAUGUGAAAGAUGUCGCAACGGUUGUGACUGUUGAGAAAAUUAAGGAAAAAUCUGAAAUGGAAGCCAAUACUUCGGAAGGUAAGAUGGAAACCGAUGCAAAACGAACCAAGAAAAGCCUCCUUAACGAACACGGUCAGUAUCCAGCCUGGAUGAACCCAAGGCAUCAAAAGAAGCUGAGAACUCAACGAGGAAAGAAGAAAGGGAAGACAAAACCCCACAAAGGAUUAGCGUGGUAGAUGGUCUUUCGAGAGUAUUUUAUUGGACUUUAACUGUUUGGCUACAUGCUGGUGUUUAACAAGGAUUGGCUACCAGAUCUUCUAAAUGUGCAGAAUGAAGUAACACCAAGCCUGACGGACAGAACACUAUCAAGAAUAUAUCUAUAUUUUUGUAGUUGCCUGACUUUCUUUUAUUUUACAGUAUAAUUAAGCCUUUAGUAUACUUGAGUGCCUUCCUGUAAGGCAUUAGGGUGUUAAGCCUUUUUCUGUAAUGUUAUGCACACAUUGCCUAAUAAGUGAGAUGUUGAUCAGUUUUUUCUGCCCCUGAGACUUGAUUGACAGGGAGUUGAAUAAAAUGAAUGCUUGCUGUCA